AAGUCUCGUUGUUGUCGUAGCCUGAAAUCCCAAGCACUCCGGUGUCAGUGCCAGCCAGUGGCUUCCUCGGACUGGGGCAGUGAUGAUGGUGCGGGCUGCGGUGCUGCUGCUCGGAUGGCUCGGACUCGUAGUGUCGUGCCGGGCUCAGGUGGUCGCUCCCCCCACACUGAAUAUCAGCCUGGACGAGGAUCCAGAGGUGCGAUGGUUGCCUCUUACCAAAGCCUUUGACGUAGACUACCUGAAGAAAGCUGCCGCAGAGGUCAUUGACUCUACAGUCCCAAAAUGGGUGCAUCAUGCAUUGGCACCUGUUGUGACAGCCUUGGCAAAGUAUGUUCCUCAGCCAUAUGCAGGGGAGAUCCGUGGCAUGGCCUCGCACUUGGGAGGAAGCAUCGCAGACGUCGUCAUACUCAACUUUGCCUAUGAAGUAUCCGCAUUUUGCACUAGCAUCGUAGCUCAGGACAAAAAUGGGCACGUGUACCAUGGCAGGAACCUUGAUUAUCCACAUCCUGUUCUGAGGAAUCUGACCAUCAACAUAAAUUUCCUCAAGAAUGGAGAGGUGGCGUACAGUGGAACUUCAUUCGCAGGCUAUGUCGGCCUGUGGACGGGACAGAGUCCUAAAAAGUUUACCGUCUCUGGCGACCAACGAGGCACUGAACACUGGUGGAACUGGUGGAAGAAUGUGGUGUCUGCCUUCCUCUUUCGGAGGUCCCCAGUCAGCUGGCUGGUUAGGGAGACACUGGAGGAAGCAGAAAACUUCCAGGAUGCUGUGAUGCGUCUCUCCAAAAUUCCCAUAAUCACUGGGGUGUAUUACAUCGUUGGUGGGGUGCGAGCAGGAGAAGGGGCUGUCAUCACCAGAGACCGAACGGGCCCCGCUGAUAUCUGGCCACUGGAUCCCUUGAAUGGAGAAUGGUUCAGAGUGGAGACAAACUUUGACCACUGGCUUCCUCCUCCAGCCAGGGAUCACAGGAGAGAGGCAGCCAACAAAGCACUAAAUGCUACUGGCCAAGAUCACAUCAACAUGGAGACACUUUAUCAGGUUCUGUCGCUGCCUCCAGUGUGUAACGGAAUAACCGUUUACACGACAAUAAUGAGUGCAGCAACCCCAGAGCAGUACAACACAGUUGUAAGGCCACAGGGCUGCCAACCGUCGUGACAGGCCUGGAGCAUUCAACACUGCUGCUACAGAGCGUCCUUGCGUGCCUGAAUUUAAAAUCAUGGUUACAUGCUGAUUAUGAUCAUGUGGAGAUUACAUAAUCAAUGACAUUAGAGGGGAAUCGGACUCAAGCUUUUUUAGGGUGACAGCGCUUUUCUGCCUCUACUAAAAAAAAAUUAAUACAUUUUGUUGCCUUAUGUACCUGCAGUUUAUAUGUCUCGCUUAAUAAAAAUUAUUACUUUAAAGGUU